CACACUCCGCUGUCACAGUCCCAGUAAAAGCUUAAAGAAACUCAGGCAAAAUGAAUACUUUGAUUACUUGUGUUGUUCUGCUAGUUGCCAGUUCCUGUACUCAUGCCGGUGGCAAGUUCGGCGGUGGUGGUGGUGGAGGAGGUGGCUCCCUCAGCGGAUCUCUACAAGGAUCUCUAGCUGGAAGUUUAGGUGGUGGACUCGGAGGUGGUCUCGGAGGUGGUCUCGGAGGUGGUCUCGGAGGAGGAAUCGGUGGUGGAAUCGGUGGUGGAAUCGGAGGUGGUAUCGGCGGAGGUUUUGGCGGCAGUGGAGUUUCUGGAUCUCUAAGCGGUUCUCUAAGUGGAAACUUGGGCGGUGGCGUCGGAGGUGGAUUUAUUGGCGGUGGUGGUGCCGGCGGAUCUAUUACCCUCAGCUUCAGUGCCUACCUCAGAUUGAUGUACUAUGUAUCAGCUCUUCAACAAGCUGUUGCAGCAAGUAGUGUAAGCGCUAGCCUAUCCGGUGGCUUGACUGGUGGAUUUGGUGGUGCAAUUGGAGGUGGAUUAGGUGGUGGUCUAGGCGGAGGUAUCGGUGGAAUCGGUGGUGGUUUCGGUGGAAUUGGUGGUGGUUUCGGUGGAAUCGGUGGUGGUUCCGGAUCUGGAUCUGGAUUUGCUGGAAGAUUCGGUGGUGGAUUUGCUGGUUCUGUUGGUGGAUCUGGAAUCGGAGGUGGUUUCGGUUCAGGCUCCGGAUUUGCUGGUAGAUUCGGCGGUGGAUUUGCUGGACGUGUUGGAGGUUUAGGAGGUCUUGGCGGAGCAGGGGGCAUUGGUGGACUUUCAGGAGGACUCUCUGGUGGACUAAGUGGUGGCCUUUCUGGUGGUCUAGGUGGUGGUCUUGGAGGAGGUGCUGGAUCUAGCAUUAUGGGAACUCUCGGUGGAAGUUUGAAUGCUGGAAUCAGCGGCGGAGCUGGUGGCAUCGGAGGUGGAAAAGGUGCAAGUUAUUAUUAAAUGACAGAUAUAUAGUAUUGGACGCCCAACGUUGAUGAACAAACAUGAUCUUUCCGUUUUUUCUGGUGUGGUGAUUUUUUUUUUGUAUAUAGAAUAAAUAAUUGCAUCCCAAA